AUGGAGCGCACAGGGAAGUUUGCUUGCCCUGCUGGUACUGGCAGCCAUAGAGGUGGAUCAAAUGUCUCUAACCCAGAAUCCCGCUUUCAGAUCUUCUUCUACGAGGACAAGAACUUCCAGGGUCGCUCCUUUGAAUGCGGCAGCGACUGCCCCGAGCUCAGCUCCCACUUCAGCCGCUGCAACUCCAUCCGAGUGGAGGGUGGGACCUGGGUCAUCUAUGAGAGGCCGCAGUACUUGGGCUACCAGUACGUCCUCUUCAAGGGCGAGUACCCCACGCUGCAGAGCUGGAACGGCUUCAGUGACACCAUCCGUUCCUGUCGCCUCAUCAGACACCCAUCCAGCAGGCACAGGAUCCGCAUCUACGAACGUCCGGACUUCAGCGGCCAGAUGAUGGAGUUCAGCGAAGACCUGUCUGACCUGCAGGACCGCUGGCGCCACCACGGGGUGCACUCAGCCCACGUCCAGGACGGGAUCUGGAUCUUCUACGAGAGUCCCAACUACAGGGGACGCCAGUACCUGCUGGAAAAAGGGGAGUACAGACGUCACUCUGAGUGGGGCGCUCUACAUCCGGCCGUGGGCUCCAUUCGGCGUGCUGUGGACAUCUAGUCACAAACAAGGCCUCUCCUUUAGCUCACCUGAUUCCCUUCUCUUACCUUCUAAACUGAACCUUCU